UAUACCUUGCGUGCAAACACCACCUGUCACGGAUAUAUGUAUAUCUGAAUGACGCAUAGAUGUUGAGACGAUCCUAACGGUAAAACUAGCCUGUUAAGCAAAGACUACGAAUCGAACCUUUUCUCCGGUGGCUCAUCAUAUCAGACAUGUCGGUUUAUAUCACGCUGCUGUGAACGACGCUUCAAGAACCCGAGUGCAAAAGAACUUGGCGCCAUUGCAAUAAAACUGACAUGCCUUGAAGAGACUUGUAGAGCCUAGCAAAGGAAACAUAAAAAACAGGCAGACAGACAUACAGACAAGCAAAAAUCUACCGUUUUCCCGGAGGCAUCAUCAGUUUUCAUAAGUCAGGAAACACCUGUCGGUCUGAGUCAAAAAUAGCUCCCGCGUCACGUGGUAUGAACAGGCUACUGAUCAUGCGCUUGUCUGUGAAUGACGCAUGGGUGCUGAGACGAUCCCUUCAAUCUAAGAGCUACAGGUGAAUAGAGAGGGCUGGCCAGGUGGGGUCAUAUCGGGUUCUGUUUCCGGUAACAAUAGUCAGCAACAAGAUGGGGAGUCAUAUGUUAACAUUUGAACACCUUCUUGCGAAGGAAACAUCAUCGGUCAUCAUGAGUUUACAGAAGUGUAACACAAGUAGAAUAUUGAGGAGAGGAUUGGUGCUUCUGAUUGUGUUGACCUUGGUAAUGUUGUACAUUAGUUUGUACAAACUGUCCUCGUAUGCAGAUCCACGGUUUCACCCCAAAACGCCUCGAAGUUUCGACAAGAACACAGCAAAAAUAUUCAUCAAAGAAUUCUUGGUAGCAACUUCAAGAUGGUCCGGGAGCGAAAAAGCCGAUUCUACCAAUCAGACUUCUGUGCAGAACAACAAACUAUCAGGAACUAUAAUUGCGCCACAGAACGGUAGUAAAAAACGUUUUAACAGUGCCGAGGUUAAAAACAUGAGAAAACACAUCCUCAAGUUUUACAACCCGGAUAGGGACCUGACGCUAAGGAAGUCCGGACUACGGGUUGGGCAACAGUUGAGAUAUGAAAUGAAAUGGGGUAAUAAGACUUCACUUAACGUUACCAAAGAUUUCUUGAAGUUAAUUCCAGAAGAAUCACCUCUGAAGGAUCGCCACUUUUACACCUGCGCAGUCGUAGGCAACUCUGGUAUCCUACUGAACAGUAGCUGUGGUCAAGAAAUCGACUCUAUGGACUUCGUCAUUCGGUGUAACCUGCCUCAAAUCGAAGGUUAUGAGAAAGAUGUCGGCUCCAAGGCAAACUUGACCACAAUGAACCCAUCUGUGAUCGGGCAACACUUCGGCCAAUGGGACAACAAAACGACGGAUGAUUAUGAUCGCUUGUUACGCCGUCUGGAUCAAGUUGGCGACCAGAUCUUGUACAUACCCACAUUAACGUCUUCGGUCGGAGAUCAGUGGGUAAGCGCAAUCAUACAGAUCCUUCUUCAGCACAAACUAACGAUGAAGACUCCUUUUCCACCGGCGAGGAUUAACACUGUUGUGAAAUCAAUUUGGAGAAAGGCUGGGUUUAAGAUUCUCGCGCUCCGUCCGUCCACGGGAGCUCACAUGUACACCCUGGCUGCCACCAUCUGCGACCAGAUCCACAUGUACGGCUUCUAUCCGUUCAGCGAGGACACACGAGGCAGGGCGCUGCGGUACCACUAUUACGACACGAAUACUGAGAUGAUCGGCAAUAAGACUCACAGCAUGCCAGAGGAAUUUAGGACACUUCGGCAGCUCCACAUGCGGGGUGCAUUGGUACUGCAUACAGAACCAUGUCGUUGAUGCUUAGAUUUUCUUUUCGAUUAUGAAUCCCAAUUAUUGGGCAUCUACAUAUUCAAGUGCUGUAAUGUAUGAAUAAUACUUGGCUGUCAGAUGUUGUGUUCUCGGAUGUCGACCAAUGUAAGGUGAGGUGUCCCCCACUAGCCUUGGAUCGUAUGUAAUAUUGUGCGUCAACUUGUAUAAGUUUUCUCUUUACGUCUUUUUGUUCCGCCGCACAGUAAAUAUUCAGAUUGGACUUUUUCACAUAUCUGACUGCUGCAUUGGGUUGGUUAUUUUACAUGGAAGUGCCCAUUGAUGAGAUUAUGACAUCCUGAAUUUGCUUGUUAGUUUUUCAUUGUCUUGAAUGCAGAUCAAAAUUGAACAUUUAAUACCCAUAUCUUGAGUUUUUU